AUGAAUCCAAGCGCAGACGACCUCCCUCUUCGUCCUCAUAAUGCGGAUGCCCCCAGCGCUCCCAUACCAGACGACCAUGGCGCAGAUCUCCAAAUGAACAUGUCGGCCUCGGUCAUGCUAACUAAUCUCCCUCGGGACGCAACACAGGCACUGGCAGACGUCGAGACUAUUGAUUCAGGGAAGGUCACCGUACGGUUCCAGCCUCUGCCAUCUGCCCCGAUUCUGAAGAACAGAGUGUUCAAGGUCAGCGCGUCACAGAAAUUCGAAACCGUCGUCAAGUUCCUCCGCAAAAAGCUGGAUUGCAAAGAGACCGAUUCGGUUUUCUGUUAUGUCAACAGCGUAUUCGCCCCUGGCUUGGAUGAAGGAGUGGGCGGGCUUUGGAGAUGCUUCAAGACCGACGACCAAUUGAUCGUCGCAUAUUCAAUGACGCCAGCCUUCGGUUAG